AUGCCUCCUGCUCCUGAGCCCGGGACCGUAGCGCAACAGCCAGUUGUCUUCGACUUCAUCAAUAUCGUGUCACCAGCAGACUCGCGCCUCUCCAAACACCAGAGGCUGGUUCGUUCUCGCGCAGCCCUAAAGCCAAGAUCGGUCAAGCAGCCGCGAGUGAAGCGUAAAUCGAAACAAGCAGGGUCUCCAGUCGGCUCCAGCUCGAGAUCGAGCCCCAGCUCGAAUACGACGACCCCCGGGCCUGAGUCGUCGUCGUCCAAGCUCGUAUCAAAACACCUGGCCAGGGUGACACAGCUCUCGCUUCAGAACCGAGCCCUUGGCCAGGGCAGGGUCGAUCCGUUCCGUACCUAUCCCGUGGCAUGGCAGCCUUUCAUGCCGGCGCUGGUUGAUCAUCACCUCACUCACCUGGCGCCGGACAUCCGGGACGUAGACCAGCUGGCUCAGUUUGGUGCCAUGGGGAUGGACCAAGAAUACGUGAGGACGCUCAGAGACCGGUGGUGGCCUCUGUCAAUGACAUCCCCUCCGCUGUUCUUAGUCGAAAUCCUCUUUGCAGCUAGCCAUAGCGCGUCAAUGGGAAAGGUCUUGAUCGGCCCGGCUCAACUGCUUCAACUUAAGGGCCAGACGAUUCAAACCAUUAACUCCUCCUUACAGGCUAGGUCCGAGUCACUGACCCCCGCGACCAUUGGUGCAGUCAUCUCAAUGGCGGGAUAUGAAAUUUUGUUCGGCGAUCUCCUCACGAACCAUGUCCACAUGAUUGGUUUGCAGGCCAUGGUUGCGAUGCGGGGUGGUGUAGACUGUCUUGGACUCGAGGGCUUCGUGAAGAAGAUGCUUACUUGGCUUGACUCUCUACAGCAGCUGCUGACUGGGAGAACCGCGUAUUUCCCACAGCUGUCGGCUUCGCAAAGCAUGCCUGAUAACGGCCAAAAUCCUUCGCCAACCAUCCCAGUAAAUCACCUCAGCAUGCUCACGACGAAGUACCUGCUCAGCUCUGAGAUGGCCGACCUUAUGCCACGGCUAAAGAACCUCAUCAAGUCACUCGAAGCUGCGCCAGCGAACACAGCUGCUCGCACUGGGUAUCUGUAUCUGGUGGAGGAACUUUCGUCUAUACGAUCUCUGCUUCAGAUAAGAUCAUUGCAGCCCGAAGACCUGAGAGCGGAGCCCCCGGAUAAUCACGAGAGAGUCAAAUUCAUCUUCAAUGAGUGUCUGCGCCUAGGAAGUCUUAGCGUAGUCGAAGCACUGCUCAUAACAUUCAGCGCAGCAGACAGUUUCUAUGACCGUGGGGCCUCCCGCUUCACCGAGUUUCUCCUCGCGUUGGAACUCGAAGCACUCACUGGUAUCGGCAUCAAGCAUCUCGUCACAUGGGCACUUCUUGUUAGCGCACCUCUCAAGAAUAACGCGGUUAAUUACAAGAGAGCAGAAUUACUGGCCACGCUCUUCCAUGAGCUCAGCAUCUCCGAAUGGCAGCAGGUCGAGGCGAUCCUCGUAGAGUUUCCCUUCUCUACAUAUCUGAAGGCAGAAUGCUUCCAAAUCUUCCAGCGGGUCGCCUCCUUCAGGCCCAACACAUCAGCGAAUCUCAUCAGCCCAACCAGUAGUGUCUCGCAGCAGGGCGGCAACUACUUCACGCUCAAUUUGGGCGACUCGUCGAGGAACACACCCGCUGGCUCACCGAACGGGCGAUCUUCUGCGAGCAGUGCAGUCUUGACUCCGCUAUCGGCGGUCGGUGUCUACGGUUCUCUGCCUCCUUGA